AUGGGAAACAACCAACAUGAUCUCUCUUGAUAAUCAGAUAUGAAAGCUCUCUGAGUCUCUGAGUCUUCCACCUUUCAAUCGCGCCAUUUUCAACUUGUUUGUUUUGUGCAACUCACAGGAAAGUCUGAGCCCGCAGAGUCAGGCAAAUUGGUACGACUUCAGUGAUUUACGGUAGAUCGCUAUCGACGACGUCUGUUUCCUCUGACAGGUUUUGGAUACAGACAUAGACCGACUCUGUCAACUUGUGCUCCUUAUCAGUCAGAUUGCUGAUCACUUUUGUUGCCCUCGAUCCCGUUCAGUCCAACUGAAACUAGAAGAAAAUGACUUUGAAUCAUGUCUGGUUAGAUGUAGAUCCGGGACAUGAUGAUGCCACUGCAAUUAUGAUGGCCUGUCAAUUAGAGAAUACCAAGCUCCUUGGGGUAUCCAGUGUUCAUGGCAAUGCUUCCGCUGAUUGCACUGCCAAGAACACCGCAAGGUGUCUGCACGCAUUCGCUGCACCUUCUGAUGUUCUAGUAUAUCCUGGCGCAUGCAAGCCGUUACUUCGACCAACAAAACACGACCCUGAAAUUCACGGAGAAGAUGGCCUAGGAGGUGUUGUAGGGCUCCCUUCAGCUGAUAGUCCUGAAGUUCAGGCACGAUUCGCUCGGAAAGUUGAUGGGUCAGUGAUUCAUGCCAUCGAGGGGAUGGCAACAGCGAUCAAGGACACAUGGCAUAAUGGUACUGGACAUCAAGUGUCAAUUGUCUCUUCCGGACCGAUGACGAAUAUUGCCCUAUUUAUCAGCGUCUAUCCAAACCUUUUGGAAGCAGUGGAGCAGUUUGUAUUUAUGGGUGGAGGUGUGGGCGUUGGUAAUAGAUCUGCCGUGGCAGAGUUCAAUAUUAUGUGCGACCCUGAGGCGGCUCAGAUUGUCCUUGAUGCUCCAGUCAAGACUGUCAUGAUACCCAUCAAUGUUACACACACAGCGAUUGUCACUCCGGCUAUACAUUCCCGCCUGAGAUCACCCCAUCUACCUCUUCUGGACGACGUGCUGGCACAUCCAUCCACCAAUCUCCGAAGCACACUAUCUUCCGUCAUCAGUUUCUUCGCAGGAACAUACAAGUCAACAUUUGGUUUUGAUCAAGGUCCUCCUCUCCAUGAUGCACUAACCAUCACAUAUGUGUCCCACCCCGAGCUCUUUGAAGCUCGGCGUUUUAGAGUGGAUGUGGAGUUGCAUGGUAAGCAUACGGCAGGAGAAACGGUCAUCGACGUCUGGAAUUAUCGAAUGUGUGACGACUCAUGGGGCUCUAAUGGGAAGAAUUGCGUUGUCGCCCAGUCAGUUCAGGUGUGUCCGAACGUACGGCCAGCUUCUCUUCUCAUGAGAACAAUGUCUCUAGGUCGACCAGUUUUUUGAAUUGCUUUUGAAUUGUGUCUCCCGAUGUGAUGCCAUAUCUCCGCUCAACGUACAACAGUGACAGUUCUCAGAGCAGCACCUUCACACUUCUGGUCAACUUUUACCACCCUUCUUUACAUUUACUCACGCUCUUACUGUCAUUGCUGAAGGAUAUCCCCUAUCUGUAUCCCGGUGGCCUACACCAGGCACUGCCCUAAGCGUGGGACCGACCUUCAGACUUAUUCUUUUACGUGUAUUUAAACACGACGCACCUUAUAACCGGUAUAUACGCCAUAACAGUCGAGCGCUUUCGAUAAGGCUAUUCUUGGUUAGUAGUUACGAUCCGCAUGCUGUGAGUACACGCUUACCAUCACAGAUUGGCGACCACCCUCUGUCAC